UAAAUUAGAGUUGGUGAGCUGGGAUAGGCUGGGAGUUCGUUCGGUCCAGACUGCAGGAAAUCCGACGUGGACUAUAAACCCGCAGAAACGGACAGACAAACAGAGGCGAAUGACUUUAAGCGAACGCGGAAAAGUGCGCCAGAUUUGCUGCUGUGGGUCUGAACGGUAUUUUGUAUCUGUUUUUUGAAACUGAGAUUAUUGCAACAUGCCACGGCGGACCGUACAAGACGUAACUGUUCAAGACGUGCAAAAGAGAAGAAACCCCAACAAACACUAUGUUUACAUCAUCAAAGUGUCUUGGUCUGAUGGCAGCAAUGAGAUCAUUUUCAGACGCUACAGUAAAUUUUUCGACCUUCAGAUGGAGCUUCUGGAUAAAUUCCCUGUGGAAGGUGGACAGAAGGAUCCGAAGCGCAGAAUCAUUCCCUUUUUACCAGGAAAGAUUCUGUUCAGAAGAAGCCACAUCAGAGACGUGGCCAUGAAACGCCUCAAACCCAUCAAUGAGUACUGUAGGGCCCUGAUCCAGCUGCCAGUGUACAUUUCUCAGUGUGAGGAGGUUCGUGUGUUCUUUGAGACUCGUCCUGAAGACCUAAACCCACCUAAAGAGGAACCAACUGGAAAGAAGAAGUCAGGCAUUGUGGAGCGAGCGACUUCUUUCCUAAAGAGAGGAGGAGACUCAUCCUUGGGCGACCCGCUGAUGUUGGAUCAGUAUGUGGCCGUCACAGACUAUGAGAAGCAGGAGAGCUCUGAGGUCAGCCUGUACGUGGGGCAAGUGGUGGAGGUCAUCGAGAAGAACGAGACUGGUUGGUGGUUUGUUAGUUCGGAUGACGCUCAGGGUUGGGUACCAGCCACAUGUCUUGAAGCUCAGGAUGACCCCGAUGAUUUCUCAAUGCCAGGAGAAGAAGGAGUGUGCCGGAAGUUCUUGUCACUGCCGAGGCACGUCGGUCGCCGGCGUACAUUAGGGGAUCUGUUCAGCACAGGCUUUGGCCAAGAGGAAAAGUACACGGCGAUCUAUCCAUACUCUGCUCGUGAUCAAGAUGAAAUCGAUUUGGAGAGAGGCAUGACUGUUGAGGUCAUUCAGAAAAACUUAGAAGGCUGGUGGAAGAUCAGGUACCAAGAUAAAGAGGGAUGGGCCCCGGCAUCCUAUCUGAAGAAGGCUGACAUUCUCAGUCAGAAGAUGGCGGCAGGUGCUCCAGUUCACGCCAGCACUAAUGAUCUAGAUGUGGCUGGCAAACAGCAGAAUGCCAGCAAGGAAAACAAGGAGAAUCAGAGGGACCGAUUUUCACCAUUCUCAGACAGCAAGCGCAAAGCAGGUGCACGACAAAGACCUCCACCACGCCGGGAUCUUACAAUACCACGAGGAGUGAACCUGCCUAAACCGCCAGUUCCUCCGCAAGUAGAGGAGGAGUAUUACACCAUAGCUGACUUUCAAACAACCAUUCCCGAUGGCAUUAGCUUCCAGUCAGGAGUGAAAGUUGAGGUCAUUGAGAAGAACUCCAGUGGUUGGUGGUACAUUCAGAUAGAUGACAAGGAAGGCUGGGCUCCAGUCACAUUCAUUGAUAAGUAUAAGAAGACCAGCAAUGCCUCUAGGCCUAACUUUUUGGCCCCCCUUCCUGGUGAGAUGGCUCAACUGAAGCUUGAUGAAACCUCCAGUAUUAACGCCAACUCAGUAGAUAGUUGGUCUAAACCCCUGCCGGAUGAACCUUCAUCCAACUCUGAUUUUCCCACCCGUCCCAAGCUGAGAGAAUGGAAGGCCAAUGCAGUCAAGAGCAGUCCCCAUCUCUCAGGGCCUUUACCCCCACCUCCAUCCUCACCCACAUCUGAAGAGAAGCCAGCUUUGCCACCUAGGAGAGAGUCCAUCAACAAGAGCCUAGAACUGGAGGACAAACCCAAAAUAGACCUUUCCAAACCUCUCCCACCCAAACCACUGGCUCCAGGGGUCAUCCUCCCAUUGGUGACCCCAAAAGCCGCUCCUCUCAAACCGGACAAACCCCAAGAGAUUAAGAAAGAAGAAAAGAACAAGCAACUCCACCUGCGCAAUGAGAUGGGCUUGGAGUGUGGCCACAAAAUUUUGGCCAAGGAGGUGAAAAAGUUUAACCUCAAGCCUGUGGCAAAGCAACCUCCAAAGCCCAAGCCAGAUUUGCAUGAAGAAAAGCCUGAUUCACCCAGCCCAGCCCUGUUCGUAAAGCCGAAACCAGUUGUCAGACCAAAACCUGCCCCUGCAGCAAAACCAGAGCCAGCAGCUAAGAACGAAUUGGAUAUCACAAACCUGAGGAGUAAGCUUCGUCCAUCUAAGCCUCCAGAGUUUGGUGGCAACUCAAGUGAUCCUAGCCAACAGAAUGACUCCUCAUACAACACCUUAAAUAAUGGCAAAUCAAAUGAAGAGCCAAAAUGCCCCCCUAAGCAACAAAAUGGCCAUGACCCAUCAGAAACGACUAAACCACCUUCAACUGCACCAAAAGAGCCACCACAAAGGCCUUCUGUGGCUCCUCGAAGACCUCCACCACCGAAGAAGGGUGUUGAGCCUGCCAGUCCUACAGAAACCAAAGCUCCUCAAAAAGACUUUCAGGAGGCCAAGCCAGCUGUUCUUCAAGUCAGACCCCCACCACCCAAAACGAAAGCUUUCGCUCUGCCAGCCUCCAAGGAGAAGGAGGAACCCAAACCAAAAUUGCCUGUGCCACCGAAGCCCCUCAUUAAAACAGAAAAACCUGGACCUCCGAGAGAUAAACUCCCACCCCUGAUCAAGGAGCCAGCCAAAGAGGAGCUGUUCUUAGCUGUGGCAGACUUCGAAGGAGAUGAGCAGACGCCUGGCUUCAAAGAGGGCGCUGUUUUUGAAGUGCUGGAGCGGAGUACCAGUGGCUGGUGGUUUUGUAAAAAUGUGAGCGAUGGGCCAGUGUUGGAGGGCUGGAUCCCUUCAAAUUAUCUGACCAAGAAACCUUAGGUACUCUGACACAGCUGCCUUUUAUUGAAAACUUAUUUAAUUAACAUCUUUUAUUUAUGGGUACCUUUUUUGAUAUUUUUCACAUUACAUUCCAUCAUUUGUAAGUUCAACAGGCCAUAAUAAUUAGGUUGCUUGCUUUUGUGUAACAUUCCCUUUGGGGAAAACCAUGUGUAAGAUGUUCUUUCAGAUGUUAGCAUUGAACAUCACAUUACUUGCCCUUUUUAUGUUAAUCAAACCUUUUUUUAAAUGUAUCGCUGAAGGUGACUAGCAAUAUAUUAACGAUCUUUCGCCGCCUCCAUGAUAUUGUGCCUCAAUAUAUGAAAAGUGUGCAGCGCUUUUUGCGUAGUAUAUGCAAAUAAGCAAAACGUGUUGUCUAUGUGCAGUGUAUAUCAGCAGAUAUAAAUUCUAGAUUAGAAAUGGAGUAUGAUUCUAUAUUACACACAAAUGUCAAAUUAGAGCUAACAUGGCAAAACCAAAGCUUGGAAACCUUUAUAAAGACUUAAACGCUUACUAUAUUUCCAUUACAAAUCUUUUAGUUUACAGCUAAGUGUUAAUAACUAAUAGCAAGCCAUAGAAAUUACUUGGUCUUUAAAGAAAUGUUUUCUGGUGCUACUACAAAGCUCUUUAUCGAGAUUUUGCUUAUUUUUCCACUUCAGUUUUAAAUAAGAAUUCUUUCAUGCUUUAAAUGUGCACUUUUCAUAGAUUUUGUGUAGAAUUGUGCACUGUGGAAAGUAAAGUUGUGCAGAAACAGACCUGAACAAAUGACCUUAUGGUUUACAGUACAGUGGCACCCAUUUCUAUUUUAAUUUCACUUCAUGACUAUCACUAAAAUAGCAACCCCAUUUGUUUGCUGUACUAAUCGUCUACAUUUGUAAAUAAGAAUAAUGGAUUACCUCAGAGCAGCCACAAUAUCGUCAGUAUUGCCCAAACUCCUAAGUAUUUUCAUACCGUUAGCAAAGGUGCUUAGAUAUUUUACAAUCAUUGUCAAAUGUUUUAACAUUCAUGCUUGACUGGUUUCAAGCAUAGAUUUGAUAAACAUGUUUAUUGUUAACAGUACAUUUGAAAAUGUGUAGUCAUUAUGUUACUUAAAAUAUCUAUGUUGUAUUUUGACAUUCUUAUUGUCCAUUGUUGAUCAGAAAACUGAAAUCAGUGUUAAAUUGGUGCCCAAUCGGAUUUGUUGACAAUACCGGGAGCACCGAAAAUCAUAUGCUCACUUUGCUCUAUGGUCAUCAGCUCCUAGUUGCUUAUAAAACUAUUUUAUCCAACGUCCCAACUUUAAAAAAAUGUGCAAGCACCUGAGUUAAGUGAAUUAGGAAGAGAGGAUAACCGAAUGUGUUCUGGUGUGGCUGUACUUAAAAUAGAGUUCAUUUGCAAGAGAAAGAACAUCAUACUAUGAGGAUUAAUACCGCAUGUACUGUCUGGAAAGUGAUUGUUAAUCUGUGUUUCUCUCAUAUGUGUGUGUAUGUAGGCAUUGGCAGGAAUUGCACUUUGGAAACUCAAAUGGGUCUUUUUGCGAUUUGUGAGCAAGUUAAAAGGAUGACGUGGGAGAUGUGUUGACAUUUUUUCUUUUAUUUUUCUCCAGAUUUUUGUGAUACUUGUUUUGUCCAUAGUAUUUCAAGUUUUGACUAACUUUUUUUUUUUACUUAAUGUAAACCAAAUAAACAUUUUAAAUAGUUGAUGUUUUUAAUUUGAUGUAUAAGCUGUAACAGUCAUACUGAUAUGAGAUCCAUGAGUGGGACAGUUAUCAAGGGUACAGUUGUUUUGCUGACUUCCAUUUAUGCCUGUUCUUUAAAGAUUUUACAAAGAACUGAAAACAUUCUGUAUUCAUGUCUUUUAUGAUUUGUUUUCUUUUUGGUUUUAUAAUCCUAGAGAAUUUAUGGAAGUGGAUUGUGAUUGGUGACUACAAGUUCUGCUUUACUGGCACUUUACAGAGUAUUUCAUACUUAUUCAGGCAUCGAUAAUCAGAAGAUUUUCCUGAUGAUUAUUGAUAUAUAUCGAUUUUUGUUCAGAUAUAAAUAGGGCUGCUCAUUGCACAAUAGUCUUUUUCUCUUCAGACAUAUUUCUCAACACAACUUUGGUAAAGUGUGAGCGGCAGGGUUAAUUAAAGGGAGUCACACACCGGAUGCAUCUGGCGGAUGACAUGGCAAGUUCUAAAAUUCAAAACAAUUAUUUAUUUUAACUUUGUAGACACACAUGGCGUCAACAUUCUGAAGUGCCACAAGUCGCAUAGUUCUUCAUUAAAUUUCACCCAAGUCAUUAUUAAAGGAUUAUUUACUCUAGUAUAACUGGAUGAUAUAUUGUGUACAAGGAUCUUUCAUAGAGCCUGCACAAUGUAUUUUCAGUAACAAGUAUGUCGUAUUGUGGUUUGACAGCUUGAAUGUAAGACCCAUUCAUGGUUACAUACAGAGAAAUUGCAUAAUAAACAUUGUGCAGUUACACCAGUUUCACUAACCUGCAAACUCAUCAACGUCACUUUGUUCAUUCUUGAAGUACAAAAACCUUUUUAACUUUGGACCACCUUCUGCGCCGCUUCAGCUCGUCCUGUGUGUGUGUGUGUGUGAUCGUGACCGACUUCAGUGAAUGGUAUAUCGCCCUCUUGUGGUCUCCUAACGCUAUUACGUCAGACUGUUAAACAGAGGCCAACUGAGUGAAUUGGAAAGCAUUCCAGUUGGGCUUCAAAUUAAAUGUCAGCUAAUUUACAUAUCAAAAUAAUGUGCCAAUCAAUAACCGAUAUAUCGAUAUUUUAUGACAUCCCUAUUACAGAGUAUCAAAAAUAUUUCUUUAUCAAAUAUUGCUCAGCGAGUAAAGACGCUGACUACCACACCUGGAGUCGCGAUUUUGAGUCCAGAGCAUGCUGAGUGACUCCAGCCAGACUUCUUAAGCAACCAAUUGGCCCAGUUGCUGGGAGGGUAGAGUCACAUGGGGUAACCUCCUCAUGGUCGCUAAAAUGUUGUUCUUGCUCUCAGUGGGGUGCAUGGUGAGUUGUGCGUGGAUGCUGCAGAGAACAGCGUGAAGCCUCCCCACGCACUAGGUCUCCACUGUAACGCGCUCAACAGGCCACAUGAUAAGAUGCGCGGAUUGACGGUCUCAAAUGCGGAGGCAACUGAGAUUCGUCCCCCGCCACCCGGAUUAAGACACUACACCGCCACGAGGAUUUAGAGCGCAUUGGGAAUUGGCCAUUCCAAAUUAGGGAGGAAAGGAGAGAAAAAAAAAAGAAAAAAAUAUUCGUAAAAUAUAUAUAUAUAUAUAUAUAUAUAUAUAUAUAUAUACACACACACACUGUAUGUGGCACUUGAGGGUUUGAGAAGAAGACCCCAAAUUUGUACUAGUUGCAGUUGAGACUUUCUCUUAUGGGUGUACCAAAUUUAAUAACUUUUUUACCAAAUAGUUCUAAAAGCUGCCACAGAAUC